AUGGGGUACAACAUUCUAGGGUUUGAUACAUGUACUCCUCAUGCUACUCAAUGCAACAUUCUCGUUCUAACUUUUCACAUGCCGCCCGCGACCCCACCGCCGCCCGUAGCGGCCCUGUCGCCCUUCGCGCCGCCCGCGACCUCGUCGCAGCAGCCGCCCGCGACCCCUUCGCCGCAGCCGCCCGCGACCCCGUCGCUACAGCCGCCCGCGACCCUGCUGUCGCAGCCGCCCGCGACCCUGCCCCCCGCGGCCGCCUGCGAUCCCGUCACCGUGGCCGCCCGCGGCUCCGUCGCAGCCGCCAGCGACCCCUGGCGUCGCAGCUGCCUGCGACCCCGUCGCCACACCCGUGCGACCCCGCCGCCCUUCGCGGCCCCGUCGCCACACCCUCGCGGCCCCGCCGAGCAGCCGAGCCGCCGAGACGCCGACGCCGCCGAGCCGCCGUUGCCACCGAGCUGCCGAGCCGCCGAGCCGCCACUGCCGCCGUGCUGCCGAGCCGCCGAGACGCCACUGCUGCGGAGCUGCCGAGCUGCUGAGCCGCCGAGCCGCCGUUCCUGCCGUCGUGGCCCUGUUCCCGCCGGCGCGCCUCGGUCCUUCUCGCCUGCCCGUGUCCUCACCUUUGACGCUGAGGGUCGGGCCAUUGACUUUGACGUCUGGGUAGAUGACCUGCAGCUUUUCCUACUGAGCGACAGAGCAGACGGCCUCUCCCUCUUUGACCUCACUUCUGGUGCCUCUCCUGCCCCUGCUGCUGAUGCUGACCCCAUUGUUUGCUCUCAGUGGGCCACGCGCGAUGCUGCUGCCCGCCUUGCUGUGCGCCGCCACUUGCCGACCGCUGAGCGUGCGCACUUUAGCCAGUACAAGAGUGCUAAGACCUUGUACGACGCUGUAGUUGCUCGCUACUCUUCCCCUGCCACUGCUGCGCUUAGCCGCCUCAUCCUACCGUACCUCUUCCCUGACCUCGCCGCUUUUCCCACUGUCGCUGACCUCAUUACGCACCUUCGCACUAGUGACACUCGCUACCGCGCUGCGCUUCCUGCUGAGUUCUGCGCCAAGAACCCCCCCCCCAUGUACAUCACCCUCUACUACAUAGUCACCCGGCUCCCUGACACCCUUCGCCCGGUCAGGGACCACUUCCUCUCUGUUUGCCCCACCACCCUCACCGUUGACCUCCUCGAGGAGCGCCUUCUAGCGGCAGAGAAGAGCAUAGUCGCAGUAGGUGCCUCUCGUGGUGACCCUCGUACCCCUGUCUUUGAGGGGUGCUCCCCCUCUCCCCUCCUGCCCUCUGUUGCCUCUGCUGCUGCGGCCGACCUCGUUGGUCUUGAGUCGGUCGCUGCGGCGUCUGCCCCUAGCGGGAGACGCCGCCCUGGCAAGGGCAAGGGGGGCAAGGGUGCUGGAGGAGCUGGAGGGGGCGGUGGAGGCGGAGGUGGAGGUGGUGGAGGGGGUGGGGGUGGCGGUGGGGGUGGUGGCGGGGGUGGGGGCGUCGGUGGCGGGACUGGAGGUGGAGGUGGAGGCGGCGCUAGCGGUGGGAGCGGAGGUGGCGGAGGUGGCGGUCCUGGAGGUGGUAGCGGCGGAGGCGGUGGUCUUGGUCGGGGUGGCGCUGCGCAGAGGGGUGGCUCCGGUGGUGGUGCGCGCCAGCAGCAGCAGCAGCAGCGUACCCGUGAGACCCCUUCCCCCCAGCAGCUUCGUGAGUGGUACGCUGCUCGUCAGCGGGGCGGGGGUGCUGGCCCCUGUACCUACGUUCUCCGUACCGGCGACCGGGCGGGUGAGCAGUGUGGGGGCGCGCACCCCACCCAGCGCUGCUUCGGUCGUCUGACGGACGCGUGGCGCCACCAGUUCCCCGACGCUACUGAGAUCCCUCGCUGGGGCGAGCUGUCUAGGGCGGGUGUUGCGAUCUAUGAUCUUGAUUUUGAUGCUAUUCUUGCUGCCAUGUAUGCUGUGACUAUUAGUGAUGAGGGUGACUGUUACCGGUGUUUCCCGCCUGACCCAGGCAUAGAGGCUGCUGCGCUAGGUGCUUGUGAGGCUGCUGCUCUAGGUGCCAGUGCGUCUGCCGCCCCAGGUGCCGGUGAGUUUGCGCUCUCAGGUGCUGCGUCGUCACCGGACACCCACACCUUCACCCUUGACUCGGGUGCUUCCCGCUCCUUCUUUCGAGACUGCACCACUCUCACACCGCUCAGUCGGCCUGUUGCGGUCUCACUGGCAGACCCUUCUGGGGGUCCUGUCCUUGCUCACUACUCCACUGUCCUACCGUGUCCGGCGGUCCCGUCUGGCUCCCUGUCGGGUCUCUACCUCCCCUCGUUCUCUACGAACUUGGUUGCGGGUGCUGACCUCCAGGAUGCAGGAGUUGACCAGUUCACCCCUGCGCGUCAGCGGGUGACCCACUGCACUUGUGCGGACACGGGCCGACACUUGGCCACGUUUGCUCGUCGGCCAGGGUCGAGCCUGUACACACUGACUACCGAGUCUCCUCCGGUCACUGAGUCUGCUCAGGUCGCAGCGUCGGGUCAGAUGUUUGCUGCGGCGUCCAGGUCUGGUCCUGAGUCUGCCCCCUGCUCGUGUCGUCUCCUGUCCCACCGGACUCUCCUCUGGCACCACCGCCUUGGUCACCCCUCCCUGCCUCGUCUUCGAGGCAUGGCUUCCCGUCUUCUUGUCUCCGGCCUCCCCCGGUCCCUCCCUCCUCUUCCUCCGGGGCCUGCCCCCACCUGCGUUCCCUGCGUCGAGGGGCGGCAGCGCGCUGCCCCUCACUCCUCCGAGUUUCCUCCGACAGAGGCUCCGCUGCAGACGCUUCACAUGGACGUGUGGGGCCCAGCCCGCGUCCGUGGGCAGGGUCAGGAGCGCUACUUCCUGCUGGUGGUUGACGACUACUCGCGUUACACCGCAGUCUUCCCCUUGCGCAGCAAGGGUGACGUCACUGAGGUGUUGAUCGCCUGGAUCCGCGCAGCUCGUCUCCAGCUCCAGGAGAGUUUCGGCUCCGACUUUCCUGUUCGGCGUCUGCACUCCGACAGAGGCGGAGAGUUCUCCUCUGACCUUCUGCGGGCCUUCUGUCGCGCACGAGGCAUCCGCCAGACCUUCACGCUUCCGGACUCUCCGCAGCAGAAUGGGAUUGCUGAGCGCCGCAUCGGCAUGAUCAUGGACGUCGCUCGUACGUCCAUGAUCCAUGCGGCUGCUGUUAAAUUGUAA